AUGUGUGUAAUUGUAGCGACGCAGUCGGAUGGAUACACCGACCCAAACAACGCGAACACCUUUCAACCCAACCACAACAACCACCAAACACCUCGCCCACUCCUGUCCUCCACUCUCCAUACACCUACCACACUCACAACCUUCGCCAACCCUCCAUCUCGAACCGCAUCGACACAUACACUCAUGGACCACGACCCCACGACCCCGCCUCCCGCCCGGGAAUCCUCCUCCGAGAACCCUCUCCUCCGCGCGUCCAACCCGCUCGUCUCCGACCUCGAGCAAGAAGUCCUCGACGAAUACUCCCGCCUGCUCGGCAACGUGAACAAGUUGUCGCAGAAAUUGGCGGAUCUCUCGGGCGAUCCCUCGUCGCUGACCCUGGAUGGACUGCGGGUGCUCGAGCGCAAGACGGCGACCGUGUGUACGCUGCUGAAAGCGAGUGUGUACAGUAUUGUGUUGCAGCAGCAGAUCUUUAAUGAGAGCGAGGAGCAGCAGCAACAACAACACCAGCAGCAGCAGGACCAGGAACAGCAGGAGGGGAUGGAUUAUCCGGAUCAGGGGGUGAUGGAUGAGGGGGAUGUCAGUUUUACGGGGCGGUUUGCUUGA